CGAACCUUACCGAGCUUAAUUGAUAUAAAAUAAUAUUUAUACAUUAUAACAUAUAAUUAAAGUUAAAAUCGUUUGAUUAUGUUCAACGUCCAUUCGAAUUUAUCGUUAUGAUGUAAUUUAGUUGUACAUUCUUUAAAAUAAUGUUUGUGUACUAUUCUGUUUUCAAAUUUUACCACUGAAUUCUAUAUUUUCGCAUUAAUUUUGUUCUUUGUGAUAAUACAUUCUAAGAAUUUGGAAUACAAAUUUGGUUUUAUUUUCAAAGGUACAUAAAUUGUUACAAUGGCGAAACGGAUGUCCAUCGACCGCCCAGAUUACUCGGAUCCUACUGACGAUAGUGAUGGAAGUGAUGUCGAAGAAGUUAAAAAGAAAACAAUUAUGGUAGGAAGUGAUUAUCAAGCUCAAAUCCCUGAUGGGCUUUCUAAGUACGGAGACGAUCCACCUUAUCAAAAUGCCGAUAAAGUUCUUUGGGAACCGUAUAGCACAUCCGAUACGGCUAUUGCAGACUACCUUCAUCAUAUUCAUCAGCUUUCUCAAGGCACAAAUAUAAUACCAAAAGGGAAACAUGUACGUGAUGAUGAAAAUGCAUUGUUUUUACUAUUACAAUGCGGAUAUAACAUAGAUGAAGCGUUACGUCGGAUCACACUUAAAGACCAGAUGUUCGGGCGCAGGGCAAUGAUGGUGUGGUCUGAAGAAGAAUGUAAAAAUUUUGAAAAUGGAAUACGAUGUUUCAAUAAAAAUUUUUAUUUAAUCCAGCAACACAGAGUAACUACAAGAACUGUGGGGGAACUUGUACAUUUUUAUUAUUUGUGGAAAAAGACUGAAAGGCAUGACGUAUUUGCUAGUAAAGAACGAUUGGAAAAAAAGAAAUAUGCUCUUCAACCGGGUAUUACGUUUUAUGAAGACGGUGAAAAUUCAGUUCUGAAUCAGAAAUCAAAUCAAGUUGGCAAUUGCUUAAUUUAUUGUGAUCCUAAACGGCUACAACGUAUGGAAGCGUCGGGUGUUCAUGUUUCCAUAAAUGAGAAUUAACAGACUGUCAACUAUAAAUAAAAGAAUAAAGGAAGUCUACUUUUUUUUGCAAAAAUUGUGAGUAUUACAUAACAAUGAUUCUAAAAUAACGUUUAUAUGUAAAAAGACAAAUCUAAUACUAACGAGAAAAUGUUUUUAUUGUUAUUCCAAUUACAAAAAAUUUCUGAUGUAUGUAUUAGCUUUGAUGCGUCGUAGCUGUCAAUUAUGAUUUAUUAGUUUAGUAUGAUUGUACAGAAAACUGGCUACUCCAAGUUUAUAUUUUAUUUUUCAUUGUGAAAAAAUAUUUUAAGAUAAUUUGUCUUACCAUAAACGUUAAUUAUUAGUAUAUUGUAGUAAAAGAAUAAAUUUAAUAUUGCUUUAUGUUAAAACGUAAAUUUAUUUUCUUAUCUCCUUGCAUUUAUUAAGUUAAAGUCAAAAACAAUAAUAAUAAUAAUUACUUUGAUUAUUUAUAUAUAUAUAUGUAUUGUACAUGUAUUUACAUAUAUAUUCAUUGUGAAAGAAAGUAUUUUACUUUAGACACUAUGGUGCUUUUUUCUCCAGGUUUAUAUUCUUAAACUGUUGUAUUUUUUGUAAUGUCAAUUUCCUUUUUAUACAUUUAAAAUGUAAAAUAGUAUUAUACAAAUUUAUAUUUUAUUGUGGCUAUUAUCAUUUUUUAAUUUUAAAUUGUAAAUAAUUUUCUACCUUUUUUUUUAUACAUUUCAACUAUUAAUGUUAAUUAUUUUUUUUUUACAUUAUUUAUUUUUAACUAUUUUCUUCCUCCUCCCCUUAGUAAGCAGAGCUUGUGCGAGAUAGCGACGUGCAACUUUUUAUCAAUAAAUGGGUGACAAAUCCAAUACCUCUAGUACCAAGUUAAAAAAUAAUUUCCCUAUUAUUUGUAACCAGAACAUAUACAUUUAUUUACUAGUUAUUAUUGUAAUUAAGAUUAACCAGAAAUUGUUUUUAAUUACCAUGCUAUUAUUAUACCUAUUUAAUUUUUAUACGUGUAUAUAAAUUUAUUGAAUUAUUUGUGUUUUUAUAAUCAUUUAAAAUUUUAGAGUAGAUUUUGUAUUUUUGUCACCAUAAUUAUUAUUUUUUAGAAAUUUAACAGAGUAUAAUAUUUAGUUUUUGUUACUGUGAAGACAUACUUUUUUAUAUUUUCGAUCGAUUAAUAAAAUUAGUCUUAUAUAAACUUUUUAAAGUUUAUAUAAAAAUGCAUUGACCUACUUUGUUUUUAUGGAUUAGCUAUAAUAUUGGUAUAUUAUAUUAUAUUAAUGGCAAUUUUUUUUUUAAAAAUAUAUUGUGUUUUGUAAUAUGGAUUAAAAAUUGUACAUAAUAUUUUUAGUUUAUUCAAAACGGAAUUGUGCUGCUUACGCUACACUAUUCGGCUUACAAUAAUAACAUUCUAAAUAGGACAGAAUAUUGAUUCAACUGAAUAUAAUAUUU